GGGGAAGAAAUAGGAUUCAAUCACUUGUGACACAAGAUGACGUUCCUAGAGGUUGUGAAAUGUAUCUGCCUGUGUCUGAUAAUCCGUCAGUAAUUGAGACAUCUGUGGACAGGUGAGGAUUUAUUUUUUUCAUAGAGAAACUUUUUCCUAUGGGAAGAGGUGCUUUUUCUAUAUAUAAACUAGGCUAGAAAUCACUCUUGUUGGAUACCAAGUUCUUAUGUUAUCAUAGUGUUUUCAAGGUAUAUAUUCUUCAAGGUUUUCUUCAAGGUAUUCUUGAAAUUCUUCACAAACCCUGGUGGACCUUAAUUUUUGGUGCAAAAUAAGGUCAGGUAUGGUAAUUAAGAUUUGUCCAAUGCCUCACAAUAAUUAUGGUGAGGACUUGGGAUAUACUUCCCUGAAACAUCUCAGCAGGUAGUAUUCUCUUAGGGAGAACUGUGUUUAGUAUCUACCAUGUUGUUUCUCUCUUUAAUUCAUACUUUAGUAAUGUUAGAAAUCAAAUCUCAAGCAUCUGCUUGAAACUAGAGUAACAACUAAACUGUCGUUUCCUACAACUUCACUGUAGAUGACAGUUUCCCAUUGUUAGCCUGUUAUUGACUUUAUAUUAAACAUUUUUGGUCAAGUGCUGGAACAGGCUGCCCAGGAAGGUGGUGGAGUCACUGCCCCUGGAGGUGUUCAAGAAAUGUUUGGGUGUUGUACUGAGGGACAUGGUUUAGUGGGAAUAUUGGUGGUAGGUGGAUGGUUGGACUGGAUGAUCUUGGAGGUCUCUUCCAACCUUAAUGAUUCUGUGAUUUUUCUUGUUCUCAAGGGAAAUAUAUGCAAAUGGAUUAGCAAUGUUACUUCUUAUUUCUUCUUAAGAAAGCAGAUUUGGAUGUAGAUGAGCGUAAUUUAAUUACCACCUGGCUACACAAAACCCUUCCCUGCAGUUUCCCUAGCUGUUUGUCCUCUUUCAGUCAUAUGAGAUGAGGCAGGAUCACUGAUUGUUGCUCAACCUCAGUAGAACAUAGACUUAAAGCUUUGUGAGCAGGACGUUUGUUGUGAUGCAGAAGAGAAGGAGAAGAUGCUACACACUUGCAAGAUGAGCUCUUCAGGUAUGUUUGAACUUUGUGGUAUUUCAAGUACAGUAUUACAAUUAAUUGUGGCACUAACUUGCAGUGAUUUCACACCUUCAUUUCCAAGGAUUUUUGUGCAGAGGUGUCUCCACACAGUACAUUGUGUUUUUUUAAUUCACAAAUAAAUCAUUUUUAUGUGAAGCUAGUUGCUCUUAAUGUAUUUUUUUUCUUGUGCUUCUGUAGGUAUUUUAUGAGAGAAUAUGAAUCCUUUGGAAAACAGUGAUAUAGCCUAUCUGCUCACUCUUGAGAAUUGAUGAUUUAUGGUCAUCGCACAUAUCUGUUGUUGAGCUCCCUUGAUGAUCUUAAGUCCCUUUUGCUUUGGAAUGAAAACUGUAGGAAUUCUAAGAGAGUACUGUCUUCUUUCUCUACAGUUCGGCUACUGAAUGAAGAAGAGAAAUUCCCACUGAAUGUUUUUCUCUCCAUUUUUCUUAGCAGAAGUUAGUAAGGUACUCUGACAUUUCUGUUCUUUGCCAGUUAAUAUUUUUUAGAAGACAGAAGAGUGGUCUCUGUUUUGCUGAAUUAAGUCAUUAUUUUUGUUUGUUUGCCAUUUUCAGAGCAUAUACUUCCUCCCCACCAGUAGCUGUGUAGCAGCUAUAUGUUCUGCAGCCAGUCUCUUUUUGGCACCAAAGUGACUUUAAUGUGAUAGUAUGUAUUUAGAAGUGCAAGUUAUAAUGUUUUUUUCUAUGCUGUUGUAUGUUCUGUUUCACAGUUCAUCUCAGUGUAAUGUUGCAAAUUCUGUAUUGACAGCAUAUAAAUUAAGUGUUGCACCUGAAAUGGACAUCCUGGAGUACAGCAAAAAAGAAUGGAGAGGAAAUACACCAGUAGCAAAAAGUAUGAGAAAGGGAUAUGAAGCAGUUGCACGGAAGUUUGCAUCAAUAAGGCAAGUACGAGGUGAUAACUACUGUGCUCUCAGAGCAACUCUGUUCCAGGCACUAAGUCAAGCUACUCAGUUACCGCGCUGGUUGCAGAGUGAGGAUUUUACCAUGCUUCCUGAGAACUUGUUAAGCAAAUAUGACUGGAUCAAGCAGUGGCAACUAAAAGAGAAACCAAGCAGAAAGACGGGAGAAAUAAGUGAUGAAAUAAAAGAAUAUUUAUUGCUUCUAAAGAAGAAGGUUGGAAAAUGGAAGUGUGUAAGUGACAUCAAAUGUCCUGUUGAGAAACAAGAAGCUUGUGAUGAAUUGCUUAAAAACGAAGAGGAGGAGUACAGACUGCAUGAAGCUCUGAAAUUCUUGAUGCUUAACACUGCCAUUGAGUUGUACAACGAUGAGAAAAAUAGAAGGAGAGUUCCCAUCUUCUCAUUGCUACUGUUUGCUUGUGAUACUUCUAUCAGCCCUUGUCAGUUAAUGCAUAAUCACCUGAAUCAAAUAGGUCACAGUGGAGGCCUUGAGCAGGUGGAAAUGUUUCUCCUUGCUUAUGCUCUGCAGUACACCAUACAGGUAUAUCGACUGUAUAAGUUUAGUACUGAUGAACUCAUCACAUUUCAUCCCAGUAAUCCUGAGGAAGACUGGCCUGUGGUGACUCUCAUAACUGAAGAUGACAGACAUUAUAACAUUCUGGUCAGAACGUGUCAAGAAACGAUGUUAUAAAGGGGAUUUUGAACAGACACACCUGUGCUUAUGGAGGUUUCCAGUGCUGUUUUGAAACAGCAUGAUGAUGAAAUGGGUGUUAUUAAACUUGCAACAACUUGAAAUUCUUGUUUUAGAAGUUUGCAUCUGACCUAAAAUAUCAAGCAGGUUCUGUCUCAAGUAUAACUCAAUACAAGUUGUGCAACUGUGGCUUCUAUUACUGAUGUAAAAGGAAAAAAAAAAAGUGGGAACAUUUUCAGUCUUUUUUUUUUUUUAAGAGCUUGCUCUGAAAUUCAGAACGUAUAGGUGCUAUUCUUUAGCUGUCUUGUGCACUCUAAAAUAAUGAGAUACUGAUUAAUUUAAAUUUCUGGAAAAGUAAACUGACAGUGUCCUAACAGAUCUUUGCCUGCCUGCAUACAAGCAAUUUGUGUAGGUUGAGGUCUGAAGGAUUCAGUGUCUAUCUUGGGUUUAAUGCUGCAAGAGAGGUACUUUUUAAAAAGUUUUGUAAGGCGCUGGGUUUGUUUUUUUCUAGACCUGAGUGUCAAAUAUAGAAGUCAGGCAUCUGUUACACUGGAAAUUAAGAGCUCUUCCCCUUUGAACCCCUGGAAAAGAUUAUGGCAAAAGGCACUGGCAAUAAAGGAGUUUAAACCUUGUUUGUUAGCAGGUCACAAAUAUCAAAACCUACACAAAACCAACUUCAGUUGCAGUAGCUGAUAUGAGAUAACCACGUCCACACAGACUCCAUGUCUGUUAACAUUACUGUUUCUGUAGUGUUAAGCUUUGCCAGUAACUGCUGUGGAGAACACAGCACAAGUAGAUAGCAGUAAAUUUAUGGUGGUACUUCUCUGCUCUUGGGUGGAGUUUGUAGGUAGCUCUGUGUUUCUGUUUAGGAGUACUCAAAGUUCUUUAGAUAGAAAAACUAAAGGGGGCAGUACUGGCAUACCUAAACACAACUAAAGAAAGCCUUCACCUCAAAGUGUUACUAUGACCUACAGAUGAUUCUCCAAACAAGAGUGAAGCUGGUGAAAAUUUCCAUAUAUUUGGAACUGUGUGAUACUUAAGGCUUUUUAAGGACUGGGUUUAAAGAAUUAAUGAAUACCUGUUUUCUAUCUGCCCAGGUGAAAGCGCACAGCAGAAUUUCUUCAUAUGAAGGAAAAUAGUGGUCCAGAUGAUCUUGGGGCUUGGUGGGCUUUGCAUUUUGACAUGUGGUAAUAGUUGAUAGGCUGUGGAUAGAGCUGAGAACUGAAGUGGAGCGGCAAGCAGGGUGGAGAAUUAGUGCUUGUUGCAGCUCUGAGAAGCUGGUGCUGAAACCAGCCCCGUGGUGCCUGUGGGAGCUCACCCAGAGCUGCCUGGGGAGCUGCAGGUGUGUUCAGUUCAGGAGUGUAACUGCAUGCAGAUUGUUGAGUCAACACAGACAAAAUCCAAGCCAAGUUUAUUUCUGUGGGACGGCAACAACCCUACCAUAAGGUAGGGAGAGAAGAGGGCAACUCAUUUUAAACUGAGAUGGUGAUAUGGUAAAACAUCCCCACGUAGAUGCUAAGGGGAGAGGGAGCUCUUGCAUUGUGUAUCAGGUGCAUAGCUCUCAUCUCUAAUAUUUGGGUCUGUUGUGCAUCCUGUUGUCAUCAGGCUAUAGCAGGGCUUGGUUCCCCCAGUAUUCUAGUUGGCAGGAAAGGACUGAAAAUGUUUUAAGAUGGCCAAAUGUUCUUUAAGAAUGCUCCCUUUUUCAAUAAUGUUGGAAGCCCAUGGUGAGCACGUUCUGGAAGUUUUCCACUAGACGAAUCAUCGUACUGUGGCAUUGACUAACAUGCCUUAAAUCAGACAGAUGCAAAGGUUACUUUCAUUUACACAUUUAUUGAGGAGAACCAGAAUAUGAGAAAUGAAGAGGAUCCUGGCUUCACCCCUUCUGGUCACUCAGGUGCAUUGCAUGCAGCUGAGCUUCCCUGGGUUGGCCCUGCCUUCCUACCAGGUGCUCAAUCACUGGUUCAGGCCAUGACUCAGCACUUCUACAGUGGGCUUUAAGGUCCCUUCCAACUCAAACCAUUCUGUGAUUGUUUCUGGAGUAGUUUACUCUCCUAACACAAUAAUGAAGCUAAACAAGGUUCAAGAAUGAUGAAGGUGGAGAAAUAGUGAGGUUGGCCUCUCAGAUUGUCCAAGAACAGAUCGGAUCACUUUUAGAAUAUGUAGAUCGAAUAAUAUCUACCCACGCUUAGGGCUGUGCAGUCCCUAUUUUAUUUUUGCUGACCUUAUUGCAGAGUACAAAAAUGGUCCUGGCCAUCUGCACCAUACCCUUUGGUCCAAUGUCCGAGGCUGCAUAACUAUACCAGGUACCAAAGGGGAGGUCCUGAUUUGCCACAGGGACAUGAUUAAGGUCCCCUCAGCAAUGAAAACCGGAGUGUUGACCAUGAUGUCUGUAGGCCAUAUACCUAUUACCGGGGGGACUACUGAUCCCCCAGUCUCCAGUAAUGUUCCCCAAGGUGCAAGUAGGCCAUACCACUUUGGUCCUACAAUUUGGAUCCUAAGCAGGGAGGCCUGUGUUGUCUGUAGCAUUUUCAGAGCACUGGGUCUGCAGUCUCUAGGCCUUUCAUUCAGGUCCUUCAGGGUUUUGUAGGGUCUUUGUCCACUCCUACAGAGACUGAGUGUCAGACCCACUGUCUGUGCUUGGGCCAUCCUGUCUUUGCAAGGUGGGUCAGAUCUUAACUGUGACUUCAGAUAUUUGGGUUAUUGGCUCUACCACCUGUGAUGCAGAUUAGGCAGUCAAUAACUGUUUUUCAAUCGUGCUGUACCUUUCUUCUGCUCUAUUCCAAACCUGAGACCAGAACCCAACUGGAGUUUUGAAUGGGAUUUUGGUGCUGCCAUAGGCCCCAGCUGAACCUGUCCUGAGUUACAUGGACAUCUAGUUUGGCUGGAAGGGUAGGAUCAAAUAUACCCAGUGCCUGGGCCUGGUUAACAGCUAGUUUUGCUUGCUGGAAGGCCUCUUGUUCCGUUCUCGCCCAGUCCCAUUUUUGGCCUUUCUUUGUGAGUCAAUACAAAGGCCUCAGCAGCUUUGCUAAGUGAGGUAUAAAGGAACGUCAGUAUCCCAAUAUACCCCAAAAUUCUUGCAGCUGCCUUGGCUUGCACAGUAGGGACUGGGAAUGCCUGAACCUUGUCUAUUAUUGCAUUGGGUAGUACUUUGAUCUUUCCCAACCAAACUACCCAGGAAUUUCACAGAAAAGCCUGGUCCUUGCACCUUUUUUGGGUUUAUGGCCCACCCUUUCUCUUGUAAAUGAGUAGUUAAUGAGUCUACUGCCUUUCCUAAUGCCCCCAGUGAGUCAGAUGUCAACAUGAGAUCAUCAAUAUAGUAGUACAGUUUGAUGUUAUUAAGAUUAUCCUGAUCUGCUAGGUCACGCACCACUAAGUUAAGACAAUAUGUUGGUGAAUGUACAUACCCAUAUGGCAGGACCUGAAAGGUCCACUGCCUGCCUCCUCAUGUAAAUGCAAACUGGUCUUGCAAUUCUUCAUGAAUGGGAAUACUGAAGAAUACAUUUGCCAAAUCUAGGAUACAGUGGUAGGUUUCUAUCUCCCUACCUCAAUGUGUCCAUGAGGGAAGCAAUAUUGGAUACAACUACAUACAUGGGCAGUGUGACCUUAUUUAGUGCUCUGUAAUCCACUGUCGUUCUCCAUGUGCCGUCUGACUUCAGCCACAGAUAUUUCAUAAAGAUUGAGGUGUGCUUAGAAGAAAAUGACUGCCUACACUGUUGUUCCUAAAUUACAGAGAUUAAAAUAUAUAUAUAUGUACUUCUAGCUAAAAGGAAUGUGUUAACUGUAAAACACUUCUUGAGACUUAAGGAUGUAAGUAUACCAGGCUAUACCUUGGGAUGUGGAGCACUUACUAGACUAUUGCUCUCUCUUUAUGGUUCUGAAUGUUCACUUUUUACAUCCUAAUAUAUGUAUAUAUUUUCCAGUAUGAAGGGUUACUAGAAAUAAUGAAUUAUAACAGCAGGGAGGGUGUACAGCUUUGGAGACUGGUAUUUGUUUCAUAGAAUUACAGAAUAUCCCAAGUUGGAAGGGACUCAUAAAGAACAUCAAGUCCAACUCGUGGCUCCACACAGGACCACCCAAAAAACCACUCAAACUCUUCCUAGAGCCCCGUUCUUUGAGUGGAUUUUUCUUUAAGUAUUGCAUAGCAUUCUGGGUUUUGCUUUUCUGCAACAGAUCUGGGUGUUUGGUUCUCAGGGCGGUUGUGCAGAGCUGAGUACCCACUUGGGUGACAGCCCGCUCCUCGGCACUUCAGCGGCAUGUCCGCUCUGCAACUUGUGUUUUGGAGGAGCAUGGUCCUUUCAACAAGUCGGUAGGCAGGAGUUAAUAGCAACUUCUGUUCUCCCACCUAAGCCUGUCUUCUGAAUUUAUACUGUUAGAGAGGAGAGGGGGGCAGAACCAACAAUAAGGUUGCUCCUCUGGGACUGUUGCUGAUUUGCUUAGGUAAUAGUGCUGGGGAAAAAAAAGGGGGAAAGGGAAUCAUUAAAACAACGAGGUAAAGAAAACACUUUAGGCAUCUGACAGUUAAUUUCCCUUGCAUUGGGUAGCACUUGCACAGUGGCAGGCUGUACUCAGACUCUCUUGCUUUGUGUCUUCUCUCCAGCCCAGAGAACACCCAAGUAGAGCAGCAGCAACACUCGACCCCCUGCAUACCCUCAGGUACUGCCACAGGAGGUGCUGGCUUGGUGCUUUUAGUCUGUCCAGUGCUUCCAUUAUGUUUGCUUGAUUUAAUCCUGUCACUAAGGCUUUUGUCUCAUCAAAUUGUGCUAAAAUAAAAAAUAAUAACAACAGCAAAAAAAAAAACCCAACACCUUUUUAAAUUAACCAGAACAACCCAGUUCUUUUCCAAAAGUAGUAGGUAAUGGGAAACAUUAUUUUAUAAAGAAAGGGCUGGUGAACUUGGAGCACUUAGGGCUGUUUAAAGCAAAGCUGUGACAGCUUCCGAAAUCGUCAGAUGGUCAGGCAGCCAAAUGAAGUAUCUGGGUUUUCCUGAAUCCUUCAGUCACCACCAUCCCAUACAUGCUUCAUCCCAGCCAACCUGUCUGCCUUUGAAAGGAGAAGAUGGAAAAUGGCAACAGAGGUCUAUGCUCAUGGGAAGCUCAAAGGCAAGAGUGGUGUGAGAUUUCUUGUGAGGAACUAGGAUAUAAGAGCUAAGACUGCUGUUGAGAAGGCAGCUCUCUUGUAUGGAAGGGACUACCUUGUCAUCAGUGCCUUGCCACAGAAACACCAGGCUCUCCAAAGAAACGCUUCGUGGAUGAUGUGUGAAUGAUGGUGGUAAUUGCACGUGGCAUAGCGUCAUCUGUUUUGGUUGUAAAAGGAUGCAGCAAACAGAUGGAGAAUGUUCUGUGUUAGUAUUGCACCCGCCUGCAAUUGUGGACCCGGGGUUGAGGACCCUUGUCUGAGGUCUCUUUGUGCCUGCUGAGGAAAUAACCUGGAUUAAACCUGGGUUCAGUUCACUGAGGGAAUGGCAAGUUGUCCUUGUUACUGGUGAAGGAGCAGUCAGGGAGCAAUGAGGGGAGAACCUCUCUGCUGGCAGUGAGGAGGAUCUGCUGAUAGAGGAGGAGACUUCCAAGACGGCAAGCAAAGAAGGUGAGUCAAUAAUGCUAUUUGCCCUCUAUUCUAUUUUUUACUUCUCACAUGCUUACAGCCUGACUUCUUGCUUAGGGAGAGAGAAAUAAAGCCUAUAUUGUCUGAAAAAGAGAACAAGUCAGACUUUCUACAUUUGACUGCCUGUUCCUUCACUUUCUUCCGAAACCCACAGUGCAGCUAUGAUCCCAGGACAUGUUUUGCAACUGGGCUUUGGCCCUCCAGCAGUGGGUGCUGCCUACCAGCCCUGUGCUGAGCAGAGAAUGGACUAGGCCUGUGCCUCUGCAGGGCCUGCAGCUGUGCCCGUAUUGCUGGGGCUGCCAAGUCCCUGCCUGAGGAAAAUGAGACUGUUCUACCUUCCUUCUCCCUGUUGAGGGGAAGGAACAUCAACCCAGGUUAAACCAAAAACCCCAAACCUACAAGUUCACUGUAGAGAUAAAGCCAAGAGAAAUGGCUCCAACACCUGUGUUCUGCUGUUGCACAGAGUGUGAAAGCAACCUCUUUUUCCAUGCCCUAUCCCAGACCAGCUGUUUAAUGGCGUAGAUUUUUUCCAGCAUGGCCUCCUGCCAGGCCAGUGAUCUCCACGGGGAUAGCUGGGCAAGGUCAGGCCGUGCCCUCCGCAAGCAGCCAUGGGAAGGCUGUGCUGGGUGCCAACAGCUAAUGAGUGCCUCAGGGAGUUAUCUCUUGCUGAUUUAAAGGCCCUAAUUAUAUUUCUGGCCAUGUUCUGCAUUCUUGGCCUUGGGCAGGAACCAGCUAUGAAGUGACCAGAAAUGAGCAGAUCCUGCUUCAGUGACAAAGACAGCUGUCAGUGGCUGAAGAGCAGGAAGGGGCAGCCACAGUGUCCCCAGCCAGUGCAGGGGUCUCUGAGGGCUCUCUGGGCAAAACACAGUGGCUGCUCCCAAAGACACCACAGAUUGGACAGCACAUACCGUACAGAGAGCUGCUGCCCAGCCCAAAGCUGAAAAUAGAAAAUAGUAUCUAACCUGGCCACUUUGUGCCUUGGUGAGAAGACAACGGAGGCAGCAGAGUCCUUGAAGCUGGCCACAGGUGUGAGCAACACCCUACAGACCUUUGUAAAGCCCUAAAUACAGCAGCUGCCCAAGCAUCACAUCAGGAGAGCUAGUCAGACUGUGAUCCCAACCUCGGCCUCCUUGCUGCAGUGGGUGGUGCAGAUUUGGUUGUUCUGGAGUGCCCAUGGGAAAGAAAUAUUUUUCAAACACUAAACAUUUUUGGUGAAGGAAUGUUUUCACAGCUUUCUGAGAGUGCCUUUGGGGGCUUGCCAGAAGGGUGGAUGAAGGAUCUCCUCACGACUUUUGAGUUUAUUCUGACAUGAUGAGAAGAAGGCUCUGCUUUAAGUAAUAAGUAUCUUUUUACUCAGUGCAUGAGGAGCUGUAAGGGGACAGAACCAGGACAGCUGACCCAAACUGGCCAAAGAGAUGUUCCACACUGUAUGGUGUGAUGUGAAAAAGCUUGAAAAAUGGUGGGGAGUUGGCCAGGGGAGCAGCUGCCGUGUGGGGGCUGGCUGGACAUUGAUCAACAGGUCAAUUGCAACAGCAAUUGCGUUGUGCAUACCUUGUUUUGUGUGCAUGUAUUUAUAUAUACAUAUAUAUAAUUAUCAUUGCUAUUAUUUUUUUCUUCAUUUUCAGUUUCAGUAAAUUGUUUUCAUCUCAACACAUGAGUUCUACUUGGUUGUUUUUUCCCCCGACUCUCUUCCCCAAACCCUCUGGGAGGGGCAGUGAGUGAAUGGCUGUGUGGUGCUGAGCUGCUGCCGGGUUAAACCACAACACAAGUCAAGACCUUACAGUUGGCAGCAUCGUGCUCAUAAUUCAAAAACAAUUUGAGCAUUUCUCUGAUUAAUUUCUCACCAGGAGGCAUAUUUUGAUUAUUCCACAUGAGAAGAGCGCUUUAGACCAUGCCAGAGUGCAAGAAUUAAUAACACGGAAGCAAACAGAAUCAUAUGCAAACUGUUAGAACUUUACUUAAAGUAAUUAGAAUAUGAAAGCUGUUGGACAAUAUUGGAGCACAGAUCUCCCCCCCCUCCUAAAAGAAAGCAUAGAUCAUCCUUUUUAACAAUGCAAAAACAUACAUCUCUGUUAAAUACAUAAACAACACUCAAUUUUAAUGCAACACGUACUUUUAUACUUUCGACCUCAGCAGUCAUUGAAAAAAUGUACAAAGUUUUACCUUCAUUGGCUUCUUUAGAGGUUACAGAAAACCCACAUGUUUAAAGCAAAGCAAAACGUUCAUUAAAAAACAAACGGGUAGCUUUAGGUGUACAACUUCAAGAAAACAACACUUCUUUUGAGAGAAAUCAAUUGGAAUUCUACAAAAGUAUGGCAGAAAAUGAUGCAUGAGGUAACAUUUCUUUUAAAAUCUAGGAUCCCUGUACUGUAGUUCCAAAUAGGGCUCUGACUUGACACCUACAGUCCUUGGAAAAUUGACUUGUUUAAAUAGUCAAGGAUUGCUAUUAGGCAUACUGCUUUGCAUAACGAUAGCUUUAUCCUGAAAGACACUGAAAGAAUCUGAAUCUGAUAGAGAAAGAUACUCUGAAAGAAAUGAAAAGCAAGUGACACCUCUGAGGUGAAAUAACCAUUUGCCCAGUUCUCAGAUUCACCUUAAAAUAACAGAAAUGAACAAAAAAUGAGCUUUUUCCUUAUGGAAAGGUGACCUUAACCCCAGUGCAAACACAGCAUUCCCUAAAGGGUGCCCAGCUACUACUUGCAAGCCUACUGAGAACAGAACAAGACCUUGUCCUGCAGAAUGCUCUGUGGACAGAGGCCCUCAAACAUCCUCCUGCUCCUUCCCAAGAAAGCCUUCAGAUGCUGUGCUGCCCUUUCUUAGGAUGUUGCUUCAAGACACUAUUCCCCACUCUCAUUUUUUUAAAGUAUUUCCAUUAAACUAAAAACAAGUCAAUUUUAGAGAACCCAAAGGCACAAUUAGAACAUGCAAAUAUGAGUUCAGUAUUUAUAGGCAUUUCUGUGGUACUGUUCCCUGCAGUAUCCAAGCAUUUUUCACCAGCAUCAGUGAAUACUAUCCUUAGAACACCUUUCGGAGAUUGGAGAACCUGCUAUCCUUGUUGUUACUACUUUACAAAUGAUGUACCAUGUGGUCAAAGCCAUCCUGAACCUCUGCUCUAAAACCGAUACUUUCUGGGGGGCAUUUCUGUGCAAUUUAGCCCUUCUCUAAGAUAUCCCCCUGCUGUGGAGACAAAACAGUUCUCAUCUGCUGCUUUUCCCUUCGGGUUUUGCUCAGCUUUAGAGAUCCUUCUAGAGCAACCUUGUGACUGGCCGUGCUCAAGCAUGUGAAGAUGGAGAGAGUGGGACAUGUGAAGCUUCCUUCUUUCUCCACAGCAAAAAGUGUGACAAAGUUUGGUGUCUUUUGUAUUCCUAGCACUGUAAAGUUCAGGUUUAUCUGAUGUCAGCAGUGCUGCCUGGUAACCUUCAUAGGUGAGUGAACCUCUUGUUAAAGAUGAUAAAUGAGGGAGUCACACCAUUAAACACAUUUCAUCUAUGCCUCCAAGCAGAACAGACUCCUUGGUCUCCAGUUGGGAUUUCUGCACCCUGUGGUACUAAGAUGCUCUGCCAAUGUCACAGCACAAAAAAAACCCAAAAGCAGCAUGGAGGACCUGAGGGUGGCUGCAGUCCCAGCCGCCAGGCCAUCAAUAAAAGGCAAAGUCUAUUUUCCCUCUCUCAGAAGAGCCAGCUCUAGGGAAGACUGCUGCCCCCAGCUUGCUCAUAUUGGUGGAAUGACAAACCAUCAGGUUUUGUCCUAAAGGGGCUCUGUGUCUCGAGUCACCUCUCACUUGGCAGGCAAGCCCUGGGGACCCAUGGCCAUGCCGGUGUAUCCAACCAAACAGUGCCCUGGGUGCUCGGCUUCAAGAAAAUGGAGGCAGCAGCAACAAAAGCAGAUCUAAAGUAGCAGUAGCAGUGGGGCCAGUGUUCUGAAUGAGUGACACCACCUGAGCUCAAAUGCCUUUAUGGUGGUGGUGGGAGCUUCUGUCCCAUUGGAAAAAAGCACAGGUUGAAUUCCGCAUCUUGUGCGCUUGCUUUGUAAUAAUAUAUGGUGUUUUGUGGGUAGAUUUCUAUUAAAAACAAAGUAAGUGAAGCGCACUUUGAACUGCAUCACUGAAAGAGUGAUUAAUUUUAAAAAGCUUCUUGACGUCCUCUAUAAAAAUGCAUAUGAACCUUCGUUCUUUUGCACGUUUUGCUUUUGCAAUGUUGUAGCAUCUGCAAGGUUUGUAGAUAAAAUCAAUUGAUGUAAGUAACCCUAUGGCCUGCAGCCUCCUAAUUGUUUCAUUUCAGCUUGGGAAGGACAUUGUGUUUACUGUAAUAGGACAGAAAACCAGAGUUGCAUUAGUGCUGUCUUAGAGAGCAAACUACAAAGCUGAGCAUGCUAGUUCAGGCUCUGCUGCUUUCUACAUGUGUACUCACACUCUGCUUUCCACACAGGCAGGAUACUCAUUCAAAGCUGAUGCUUUUUUUUUUUUUUCCAAUUUUUUUGUUUGUGUUUUGGUGGAAUUAUACGGCAUACGGCCAUCACUUCAAUUUUAAAAUACAUCCUUUCCUAAGAGGGUAUUUAUAUGCUCUCAACUGUAGACAGGCCAAGCUGUUUUAUUACAUAAAUUGAAGUAUUACUUUGCAUUACCUUGAUUACAGUUAUCAGAAAGGAUAGCUUUUUUUAUAGCUCUGAAUGAUGCACAUGAAAAGAAGGUGAUGCACGCAGUUGCUUGCUGGUUUCAGACUUUUGUACUUAGAGAGUUAAUUGUAGAAGUGCAGUGCAGUUCUCGAAUAUUUUGUCUGCAUAUACAAUAGCUGACUUUUGCUUUGCUCUCAUUGCGGGGCUCCCACAGGGUGGGAGGGUGCUUACAACUGGCCCUGAAAUAUGAAAGUUUUGUCAUCUGAGAAAGAAUCUGUGAAGCUCAGAUUUUGGCAUAGAUAUCUCCAUUGUUGAGCCUUAGUGGGCACUAUCUCUCAGCCCUGAAACCCUAAAAUAAACCCAAACAGCCUCGAGCGCCUUAAGAUGACAGGACUAUCCUAGGUUCCUAAGUGAAGCAGAGAACAAUUUAGGUCAGAUGGAGAUGGCAGGUAUUUAUUUAUCUAUGUAACCCCAAAGCAGGGCCUCUUCAGACAUCAAUCAGCUUGCACAAGUUCGGCUGAAUUUUAAACUUAACAGAUUCUUCCUAUGAUUCGGCCUCUCCAACUUUUCAGGCUGUAUUUUAGUUUUCAUCUACACAAAGUCCUGUGCUUCCCAGUGCUUCAAACAGUGCACAGCUGCAGGGCUGCAGUGCCCUGGAAGAGCUGGGGUGCUCACAAAUCACCAGAAGGUCAAAAAAAUGGCUCGAGUUUAGUAGUGAACUUGAAUUAAUUCUUUGAAUUCUUGAUUUUAAAUAAAGAACGUCCCCCAGUUCCUUCUGUUUCUUGACUACUUUUCAGCUAAGCAAAUGAAAAGCAAACAACAGUUCAUCAAAAAAACCAGUUUUGUUUUAAGUUACCUUUUAAAGACUACGUUACUUGGCAUUCAGCACAAAGACUACGUUUUCCUUCUCAAAAUGCCAGCAGACAAAAUAAAUCUAGCAGGAGCAUUCAGAAGAAAAUAAAGAAAUGUCUGACGAUGCAGAACUGGGAAUGAGAGAGAAAAACGAGGUGAAACUCACAAGUUGACGUGAGGAGUGACAAUGUCUAGUAAUCACAGAAUGCCAAGGAGAAGUCUGGCAGUGGCUGAGGAGUGGAUCUGUGGAUCUGUGCACCGAUCUCCAAAGCAAAUCCACACAAACUGCCUCAAAAUGAAUCCAGCCCAUGAUGGACCUGAACUUGCAGCUGAUCUAGUGUAGGUGCCUCGCUUCAUGCUGUGCAUCAGCAUUCAGUAUAACAAGGUGUGCUGCAGGCUGCAGAGAAGCCGACAAGUGCCCACGGUGCUGGCGCUGCCUGGGGGACACGCAGCCCUUCAGUAGGCCCUUGAUGCGGCCUGCAAACACGGCAGUCCACACAUGCAUAUGGCUAACUUGGUGCCUGGGAAAUGCCAGUUUGAUAUCAAAGCUGUGUAAUUCACUCUUCGUUACUCUCUGUUUAACUUUGUUUAACUAAAGCUCGUGACAUUUGCCCAGCUACUGCCAGUUACUUGGAAUCAGCAGGCGAUGUAACAUCUCCUCUUUGCACGCCAUAAAACCCACAUAUGGUUCGUUUCUGCUUGAAUACUUUUCUGAGAUGUUUUCAUGCUCGUCUCUCUGAUGACUCCUCCGCUCUCAGAAACCCAAAUACUCUAAGCUGUGCCUCAUUUACACAUCACUUCUCACCUUUCAGUUCCUCUCCAGUGCAGUUAACAGGAGAAUGGCAGAGCCAUUUCUGCUCUGUUAAUUGACUUCCACCCCGGUGAUGCCGUCUUUAGGCUGGGUAUGCCACAUCCACAAGCUUUUCCAUGUUCCCCACUUCUCUCCUGUUUUAGCAUACUGAUCUAAAUGCCGCUUUUUCUUACUGGUAUCAUGUCUGACGAAAGGUCAUUUUAGUUAUUUGUUUAUGUGGCUUUAAACUGCAAUUCUUUACACAGCCUAUUCCCUCUUUAAGAUGUUUUUUAUACUCUGUUCCAGCAAGCUACAUACAGCCAGUACUAAAAACGUGUGCAUAAAACUCUUACAUACAAACUCACAUAUACAUACCCUUAUAUAUAUAUAUAUAUUCAUCUAUCUAUGCAUGGCUUUCUGAUACACCAAUGGCUACUGGACGCUCAGAUAUCCCCAGCCGCAUUCUGUCCCACUGAUCACACCAUGCCCACACCUCAGUGAGAGGCCGAGGCGUGAUGCUGCCCUCCUGCUCCCACACCAUCCCACACUGCCCAUGCCUCGUGGCCGACCCGAGCACCCCAAGGCGUCCUUUCACCUUUCCCUUUAAGCACGAGGCGCCAGACCACAAAAAAAGAACUCUCUCCCUCAAAAGGCUCCUGUCUGUGCGCUGUGGCCUGCCCUGAAUACACUGCAUUCAGCAGCUCGCCCUCCGUCUCCAGCCACUGCCUGUCUGUCUGCAGCAGUUCGGCACAACCCAACCGAGAGCCGAUAAAUCUCUCCCGUUCAAAGGAAAUAUUUAGCAGCAAAAUGAGUAGGAAACAAAAGACUUCUCUGUUACUCACCCAUCCUCUUGCCCAGCACAGCUCUCACUCUUGACCGCGUGGCUGUGUAAGAGGGAUGGGACAUGCAGAGCCCGCCUCACCAGGGCCAUGGCCUGGUAAGCGUGUGGGGGAGAUAAAAAAUAGGUGUUUUCCAACUGCUAUUGCGUCUGUGAAAGAAAAACUCAGGCAGUUAACACAACCUUAAGUACGUAUUAAAAGCCUAGGAACAUUAAUCCACAAUCUACCAGUGUCCCUUCUACUUCGUGCUGAGUGGUAUGUUCCUUCAUGGCCUAAAACAUAAGAUGUAGGAUGCAGAUCAACUUUUUUCCUCUUACUGUAACUUCAUUGAUAUAAUUCAGUUAUUCUCAAGAAAGUACUGAAAGGCUGAAACUUCACAUGAAUUCAGUGAGAUGAUGGUGCUCUGUCUCUCCUCAAAACAGACAACUAACAGACCUCUAUUAUUUCAAAAUGUAUCACACAGAUAGAGAUGUCAUGAGCAACACCACAAAGGAGACAGCAUUUCAUCAAAACUCAAGAGUUCCUUUGUGUGGGAAGAAGCCAACACGUUCACGAGGGCCUGCUCAGCAGAGACACUUUGGGUGGGUAAUGAUUGGACCUAUUCAGUGGGGUUCAGUCAACCUGGACAUGGUGGCAUGCGCCCUUGGUCCAAAGGCAGUCCAGUUGGACACACCAUCAAAUGGGGCUCAGAUUGUCACUGAAGCCCUUGAAGAUGUCACCAGAUGGGGCUCUGGGCGCUGCUGUGGCACAUGGAGCUCCUUGUGGACCUGCCUUCAGGUUGAGCAUGCCGAUGUGAGAGAGCAUCUGCUGGGACACCAAGCUCCCAUAUGGAGUUACGUGUUGCAGAUACAUCAGCAGAUUUGGUUAACCCAGCAACGUAAAAAAUACACCAAUGCACAGGAAAUGGGAAUCAGUGUUAUGCAUGUGUCCUUACAAAACUUGGUGAAAACUUGCCCCAGUCCUACCACUCCUGUGCUCAUCCAUUGUUGGGUUUUUUUUGUUUGUUUGUUUGUUUUGUGAAAUAAAGGAAUAUUAACUACCCACAGAACUGAAAUUCUGACUUCUACAAUACCAUUAGUUUCACUCUAUAUGACCAAUAAUUCACUCUUUGAUGAUUGUUCAGUUUUCUAUCUAACACAAAAGACUUGGUGCUUCACCUAAUUUGUUUUCAAAUUCCUACUUUUUUGGUGCAGUUAUUACCUUGAACCCUACAUCUGUAAUGCUCAAAAUUCCUCAAAAAUACUGCUAUUUGUAUUUCAGUCAAGUAUCAAAAUAAUUCAGUGUUUUAUCCCCACAGUUCCUGAAAAACUGCGCGUUGUGGAUUUGGAUACAAAUGCACAGGAGGAAUCAAAACUACAGGAACAGAGAAGUCUUUAACUGGCCGCUGCGAUCCGUAACAGUCUAUAUACAUGUUAUAUACAUAUGACUGUUUGAGAGUAUUCAUGAACGCAUAUGUGUACCAUCUCCAUGCUGCAUGAAGUUCAUUCGUCUGAGGGCUUUUUCUUUUUUUUUUUUU